AUGGAACGGCCAGAGCUUGUAGAGUCUCCGCGGAAGCGGCAAAAGACUGAGGAUGUUCCUUCAACCGAUGUCACGGUUGAUGUGCUUCCAGGCAAUGGCAGCGCCGCCGCGACAGACGCGCAGACCAUGAAGGAAAACGAUGUUGGCAUUACGGAGCUCGUGACUGCUGAUAGCGAGGGAUUCUCGGGUAUCCUGAAGAAGAGAUACACUGAUUUCUUGGUCAAUGAGAUCACUCCCUCCGGCCAAGUCGUUCACCUCCAAAACACCCGCGCGCCCUUCUCUUCGAACACCGAGGAAGCCACCCCGACUGAAUCGCAGCAGCCCACACCACAGGCUACGGAGCAGCCCGCUCAGAAGGAGGAAGCCACUGAGACCCCAGAGGCUGUGACCCCCGCCGAGUUCAAGGUGUCGGAAGAGGACAAUGCUUUGCUUGCAGAGUACUUUGGCGCUGAGAAUGCGACUGCCAUUAUCGAUCUGCACCAGACAGCAAUGAACUCUCCCAGAGCUCGUCCUAGCGAAUUGGGCAAGGUUACCGUCGUUGUCUCCGACCGCGACCUCCGCACCAAGAUUCACCAGGCCAUCCGUCGCAUUUUCAACUCGCAGUUGGAGUCAAGCACUGAUAGCGAAGGAAACCUUGCCAUCACGGCGGCCAGCAACCGCUUCAAGCGCAAGGCUCAAGGACACCGUGGUGGCAACGCUGGUCGUACCGGUGGCCGAAUGAACUGGGACGAGCUGGGUGGCCCGUAUCUCCAUUUCACUAUCUACAAGGAGAACAAGGAUACGAUGGAGGUUAUCUCAUACAUUGCCCGCACAAUGAAGAUGAACCCGAAGACCUUCCAGUUCGCCGGUACCAAGGAUAGACGCGGUGUGACCGCUCAGCGCGCCUGCGUCCUCCGUGUCCAAGCCGAGCGGCUCGCGAACAUGAACAAGUCUCUGCGAAAUUCCUAUCUGGGCGACUUUGAGUACCGCAAGCAUGGGCUUGAGCUCGGUGACCUUGGUGGUAACGAGUUCGUCAUCACCCUCCGCGACUGUGAAUUCCCCGGUGUGGAUAUGACGGAUCCUCAGGCUGCUGCUACCAAGGCCUCCGAGAUUGUUGGCACUUCUCUGAAGAACCUCCACGAUCGCGGUUACUUCAACUACUACGGUCUUCAGCGAUUCGGUACUUUCACCACCCGAACUGAUACCAUCGGUGUCAAGAUGCUGCAGGAUGAUUUCAAGGGUGCCGCCGAGGCUAUUCUUCACUACCCUCCCCACGUCCUCGCCGCUGCGCAGGAAGGCGAAUCAUCCACCGCACUGAUUAGCACCGAUGACAAGGCCCGUGCCGAAGCAAUCUACAUCUUCCAAAGCACGCACAACGUGAACGACGCUCUUGCCAAGCUCCCGCGCAAGUUCUCUGCCGAGGCCAACAUCAUCCGCCACCUGGGUCGGGUUAAGAACGACUACCUGGGUGCCAUCAUGUCUAUCCCCCGCAAUCUGCGACUGAUUUAUGUUCACGCUUACCAGUCCCUUGUAUGGAACUUUGCUGCUAGCGAGCGCUGGCGACUCUACGGCGACAAGGUUGUCGAGGGUGACCUGGUUAUUGUCAGCGAGCACCGGGACAAGGAAGAGACCGACCCUGCCGCAGCCAAUAGCGGUGUGGAUGAAGAUGGCGAAGUUGUUGUUCUCCCCGAAGGCGAGAACAGCUCAUACGCCGCGGAAGACGCAUUCACUCGGGCCCGGGCUUUGACCGCCGAGGAGGCCGCUAGUGGAAAGUACUCCAUCUUUGACGUGGUUCUGCCCCAACCCGGCUUUGACGUCCUCUACCCAGCCAAUCAGAUGACCGAGUUCUAUAAAAAGUUCAUGGGCAGCGAGCAAGGUGGUGGCCUUGACCCGUUCAACAUGCGCCGUAAGAACAAGGAUACCAGUCUGAGUGGUGGCUACCGCAAGGUCUUUAGCCGUAUGGGAUCCAACUUCUCGCAUGAGGUCAAGUUGUACUCUGAAGAUAACGAGCAGUUUGUCCAAACGGAUAUGGAAAAGCUCAAGGGUAGCGAGGAUCGUGGCAGUGCAGCCACGUCCGAGACUGGCGAUAAGUUGGCCGUCGUGUUGAAGUUCCAGUUGGGCUCUAGCCAGUACGCCACCAUGGCGCUCCGCGAGCUGAGCAAGGGGUUGGUUCGUGAGUACAAGCCUGAUCUUGGUGGUGGUCGAUAA